AUGGAUUCGAAGUUGAAAGCAGUACGAGCACGACACAGAGGACAAGUGACAAAGUUAUUUAAGAAAUUCAAGGACAUUGAAAAGAAUUCGGACUUAGACAAAGACGAUGUGAAACUGAUAGCGGAUGCCAUUGAACAAAAUCAGAGGACUAUCGUGGAUUUAAAUGAAAAGAUACUGGAUUCGAUGUCGAAGCAGGAUGUAGCGGAGGAAAUACAAGAGUCUGUUGUGAUCGUUUUGGAAAUAAAUUAUGGCGAAACAGCCAAGUGCUCAAUAACUGCAUCUUCGUUUGAAACUGAAUUUUGUACAAUUAAACAAGAAAUAGAAGCUGUGAAGCAGUUUGAUUCUAGAAUAUCUAAUACAGAACACGAACUGUUAACACUGAAACACAAUGUUCAAGUAGAAACUGCUGAACUUAAAGAAAACCAAGACCUGAUACAAAACUUACAGAAAAACAUUUCUGAUGCAAUAUCUGUCGAUAAUAUGUCAAAGAAUACAUCAGACUUAAAUGAUAAAAUUGAUAAAUUGUUGAAAAUGUUCAAAGAUGUGCAAGAUCGACUAGAUCACUUAGAAGUGAAAUGUAAAGUUUGUGGUAGCAACGGUAGUGUAAAUCAUCCAUGCUCACAAAACCCUUGUGGUAACGGAGGAAAGUGUUUAGAAUUGGCGAAGGAUUUCCAGUGUGUGUGCACUAUCGGAUUUAUAGGAGAAAGAUGCCAGUACACAGACCAUUGCUCAUCAUCGCCUUGCAAAAAUGGCGGUUCUUGCUCCUCUAAUAUCCUUGGUCAUGUAUGUAACUGCGCCAUGGGGUUCACAGGACCAUACUGUGAAGUUAAACUAAACGCAUGCGACUCAAAUCCCUGCAAACAUGGAACUUGCUUCUUACACGGCAACUCCUUUAGUUGUCAGUGCGAUCACGGAUACGAUGGUCCAACUUGUGAACAUUCGACUGGACAACACCGAACAUCGCUUUCGACAGCCAAAACAACAACAAAGACAACCAUUCGACCACAAAGUACCAUCAAGUAUCCUGAUCCGUGUGCUAAGGCUUCCGUUUGUAACGAACCAGCAAAAUGUCAAGCCGUUGGUAAUCAGGAUUACAUAUGCGUUUGUCCAGAUACUGUCCAGACUAACAGUGAUAAAUGUCUUGAGCCUUACUAUUAUGAUCAGUUUGGAUUUUGUUGCGCACGGAACAUAUGUAAAAAUAAUGAAAUUGUAUGCUAAUAGUAAAACAUAAUCAAUAAACAUAUAAUAUGUAUAAUUAAUUGCUUCUACAACAAUAUAUUCUAUGACAUGAUAUACUUAAUAUUUUUGCUUCUAUGAUGAGGGUAUGGAAAACUAUUAAUCAUGUAUCCCAUAGAACAAUCAAAUAAAAAAUGCUAGAAUCCAGAAGACUCAAAUAGACGUUUACUGAAAACUCGCAUAUUAUGGAAAUCAACGUGGGGAAAAAUACUCUGUUCAUUUAUUUUUUUCUAAUAUGGCGCAUCCUUAACAAAUUUCAUAUGGAAAGGGAGAAAUCAUUGUCACUGAUACGUCUGUUUGUCUUCGCGCCAAUAGAUGUUAAACCAGUAUAAAAAAAUGUAUGGUAUCAAGGUCAAUGAAAUGUUAUUUCUUAAAGCUUGAUUAACAGGAAGAUAACACUCUCAUUAUUGUGUUCCUCAA